AUGGGUGUGGAAUCGGUGUCUCGAGAAUCUUCGGAUCGGAGAAACUGGGAUAAAAUUUUCAAGAGUUUGGUGAUGAUUCUACAGACGAAACAAGACCAGCUCGAAUCACUUGUCAAAGACAGGAAGAUGAUUGAAGAUAGGAUCAAGAAACAGCACGAAAACUGGGUUAACGAUGUUCGGAAUUACGAGGAUCAACUCUCUCUGAUGAGUAAAGAAAUUGAAACGACAAAGAUGAUGCAGAUGGUUGAAACCGCUAAAUGUAAUCUCUUGGUUGGGUUAAAGGAAAGCGAUCGUUCUAUUUGCAAUUUUAAAUUAGAACAGACGAAGGAUGAGUUAGUUGACUUCAAGUCUUGGUUUGAUUUCCUCACUCUGAGUACAAAUAUGCAGAAGGGAAAUGGCGACUCUGAAGCUGCGGAUAAUAAGUCAUUAGAAGCAGAAUUCAGAAAACUGAAACUUGACUAUGAAAAGCUUGCUUCUCAGAAGAAGUGCGAGGUAUCUGAUCUUUUACGAGAAAACGGGUUUGCUUGGAGUCAAUUCAAAUGUAUCGAAAGUGGAUUCACUGAUAAGUUGAAGAGGAAAGAUGACGAGAUCGCUCAAGCAAAUACGAAAAUUUCAAGUCUUGUAUCUUAUCAAGAGCAGCUUCAAUCAUCUAAUGAUGACAAGGAUGAGAUUAUCUCAAGAUUGAAGGCUAAGGUUGCUGAAAUGGAGUCGAAUUCUACUAAGAAAGAUGAGGAAAUCUCGAAACUCUCACUGAAUCUAGAGUCUUUAAAGAAGUCUCGUGGGCUUACACCGAUUUUAACUCGAUGCACAACACGCCAAAAAGGUAAUACGGUGGGGUCUCAUAUAUCUACAAAGAAAGAGAAGUCAGCUGCAUCAACACCAAAUGAACAGGGAAGCAAAAGCUCGAAGAGGAAAAGAGUGAACCAGACACCGGUCUCAGUUUCAGAAAUCCCAAAGCUGUUCACAUCAACAUUUAGAGUUCCCAAGUUAAAGUCUCCAUCUUCUGGAGCAAUUUAG